UGCUUUGACGAAAAUCAUCGGCAUCAACUCGGAAGAAAGUUCGACUAAAUAUUUGUUUAUUUUGGCUGUUAUGUGAGACGCGUCCAAGUGCCCGACGAUGGUUGGUGAAUCCACAGGUUAUGCAGUCCUGGUUCUGUUGAUUUUCUUUUUUUCUAUCGAAAUUGAAGGCGUUAAAGAUAUUGCAGUCUCUAUUCCGAUGGCAGCGCGGAUCUUGGACACAGUAACUCUGCAUUGCAACUACGAUUUAGAAGGCGAACCUUUGUAUACUGUAAAAUGGUACAAAGGUCAAAACGAAUUCUAUAGAUUCAUUCCAAAGGAGCUGCCCAACACUCAAAUAUUUCCACUGCCAGGAAUAAACGUCGACUUAAGCGAAAGUACCCCCAAUGAAAUAGUUUUAAGAGAUGUCCAGCCUGAGGUGACCGGCAGAUACACCUGCGAAGUCUCUUCCGAUGCACCUCUGUUCGAUACAAAAAUGAAUUCUGGUUACAUGUACGUUGUAGAUAUUCCUAUUGAGGAUCCGGUGUUGGCGGUCGAAAAAGAUCUUCUCGACAUAGGUGAAGUGAUACUGGCAAAUUGUACGGCACCUCCAUCUUUCCCUGCCACAAACAUCAGCUGGUAUCUCAACGGCAAAAGGAUUACCAACAAUUACUUAAAACAAACAGAGGUAACUAAUGAAAUAUUGACUUCAAUAAGGAAGCGUUUUGUCACCACGUCCGUUUUAAAAUUCGAAGUUGGCGAUAGUACAUUUGAAGAGGGAAAGGCUGUACUCAGUUGCGUAGCGUCUCUAUUUAAUAUAUACAGAGGGGAAAAGAAAGAAAUAAUAGAAGAAGCCAAACCGAAGCCGAGACCUUCAUCAGUAUUGGGUCCUAGAGGAGAAUCAUCAGAUUGCUCACGGAUCCAUGUACCGAUCGCGCGAGUUUUAAUAUUUACCCUGUUCUUCUGGAAAUACCGGUAACAAAUAAAACAUCUGGAAUAAAAGAAACUAGCGUUACAACUUCAUUAUUUUCCCUCAGAGGCGC